UCCACCCUCUCCCGCUGGUACGACUCCCUCGCGACGCUUCCCAAUUGGCAUCAGCCCACCCUCAAGCUCUAUGGCCGGUCAAUAGUGCAGCAGCGGCCGAUCGCGGCUUUCAGCAAGGUGCCUGAUCUCAAAUUGCGCUACAGCGGCCAGGAGGCAAGGAUGGACCCCUGGCCUCCGGUAUUGGAGGAGAUGGAAGACCUAGUGCGAGACAAGGUGGGAAGGGAGGUGAGAUUCAACCAUGCAUUUUUGAACUUGUACGAGGAUGGGAAAGUCAAUAUUGGGAAGCAUAGUGACAAUCUCGAAAAUCGCGUCAUCGUCACACUCUCUCUAGGCGCACCGCGUAAGUGGAUCAUGACCCGACGCCACCCACCAGGAGCGAUGGCUGCAGCCAAGCGUUCCGGCACCAAAUUACCGGCGCCAGAGGUGAGAUCAUGGACGCUAGAGAAUGGCAGCCUGUUGGUCAUGCAGGGAGAUGUGCAGAAGGAGUGGUAUCACGAGGUCCCGAAGGAGGGAAGAAUCAAAGAGGGGAGGAUCAGCGUGACUUUCAGACAAUUGGUGUAU